GCUUGUUGACGGCAAAGUCACUCAUGUGGAACAGCGCUCUUUUCAAUCACUUCAAGUGGCGCUUUUGUGACUAAAGUCAUUGCUGUAUUUUUUUUCAAUUCUAAUUUAUAGUAACUGUUUAUUUGUUCUCUAAAUUCCGCCUGCAUGGCUAAUACCGGAAGUCCCUGUUCGCUUGGCUACGGCAGCUUUUGAGGGUCAAAACACGGAUAAGCGAAGCGUUUCAUCGUUAAGUGCAUCUCUUCCCUUUUUUCCUGCACUGAAGAACUGAUCCUGAGUCAUGAUGACUGAGGCCGGAGGGGAGAAGGCCGACUGGUGAUGGAUGGAGCGUGGACACACACCCGCCGUGCAGCCCUCCCCUCCUCCUCCCGUGGACCAGCUCUGCUCGCCGCAUUUCCGACACUCACAGGCAGCGAUGGAGGUGCCAGGCUUAGCGCGCAACAGCAUCAGCAGCCCGCUGAGCCCCUGCGAGGGCAUGAUCAAGGACCUCAGCCUGGAUUCCAUACAGCUGUGCGAGAGAGAAGGAAAUAAAUCUCAGGAUGGCGCCAUCUCGGACAUGGAGGAUCUGCCGGUUCCGCAGAGCAUCAAGAUCAGCAACAUCACGUGCGACUCCUUCAAGAUCUGCUGGGACAUGGAUCAGCGCGGCAAGGAGCGCAUCACGCACUACUUCAUCGACCUCAACAAGAAGGAGAACAAGAAUUCCAACAAGUUCAAACACAAGGACGUGCCCACCAAGCUGGUGGCCAAGGCCGUGCCCCUCCCCAUGACGGUGAGGGGCCACUGGUUCCUCAGCCCGCGCACAGAGUACACGGUGGCCGUGCAGACGGCGUCCAAGCAGACGGACGGGGACUACGCCGUGUCCGAGUGGAGCGAAAUCAUCGAGUUCUGCACCGCCGAUUAUUCCACAGUGCAUCUCAACCAACUGCUGGAGAAGGCCCAGGUCAUCUCAGGUCGCAUGCUGCCUUUCUGCGUCUUCUACAGGAACCAGAACAAGGAAUACUUCGACCACGCCAGGGAGGUGCAGGACAACCGGAUGGUUCCGUCCGUGAAAGACAACAGCGGCAGCCACGGCUCUCCCAUCAGCGGCAAGCUGGAGGGUCUUUUCUUCAGCUGCAACACAGAGUUCAACACAGGCAAGCCCCCCCAGGACUCUCCUUACGGACGCCAUCGCUUUGAGAUCCAAGCAGGCGCCCUCUUCAACCCCGACGCCAGCCUCUACUUCGGGGACUUCUACUGCAUGUACACGGCCUACCACUACGUCGUCCUGGUGCUGGCGCCCAAAGGCUCCCCGGGCGACCACUUCUGCAAGCAGAGGCUCCCCGCCCUCGACAUCACCUGCAACCGCUUCCUCACCUGCACGCCGGCCCAGGACGGCGGCCUGGCGUUCCAUCACGCCCAGGACGUGAUCCUGGAGGUGAUCUACACCGAGCCCGUGGAGCUGACCGCCGGCACGCUGGGCGAGAUCAGCGGCCAUCAGCGUCAGAGCAUGUCCACCGCCAACGCCAAGAAGGACCCCAGCUGCAAGACCUGCAACAUCAGUGUGGGACGCUAGCCAGGAGGGGGCGGGACACACUUGGACUACGUGCAUGAAGACACACACACACACACACACACACACACACACACACACACACACACACACACACACACUCUUCAACAAGCAUCAUCCAUGAGGACGCCCGUCUCCUCAUUUCAAAAUAAGAGUCCUUACAUGUAACACAGUCAUUUGUUCCCCUUUCACCUUUCUUUAUACUUCCCUCUAGUGGCAUGGACCGGUACUUUCUUUAUACCUCCCUCCAGUGGCUUGGACUGGUACUGCAGUCCCCUUUCCCCCAACCAGGCUGCCUGCAUCCUUUCAAAAAACCAAAGGUAUUAAAAGAAGCUGCGCAAUCCUACUGUAAGCGAACGCAUCAGCCGGUAAAGUGACGUGUACUGUGAUGGACGAGCCUGGUGACCUUUAACGAGCAUGAGCGUGCCAUCGCCGUGGCGACCGUCCGUCAUAGUGUAAGGUGGGAGCGACAAAAGAGAAAAAAAAAAAACACUGUUUAGCGGGAUAAAUGUGGAAAAAUAUUUAUUUUUUAUGGAGACAUUCAUCUGUACAUAUCCAGUAGAUAGAGAGUGUUCUAUGAUGAUGACAGCGAUUAGUGAUUAUGAACACAGUUGAUAAAAAGAAGAAUUACAUCAGAAGAGACGGCACAAAGCAGAAAAGAAAGGAGUAGCAGGGCCACGCUGACAAAGUAUUAUUGGUGUAAAUGCAAUUUUUCUGUUCUAAGACAAUAACGUGAAUGUAUGACUUCUCUCUCGUUAUAGAACUCUUUACUUCUUUUUCCCUGCUGAUAUUUGUAAAUAUGAUUUUUUUUUUUUUUCUCCAAAAAUAUUCAUGUAAUGUGACUUUUUUUCCUCGGGGAAAAAUAUGACUGUUAAAACAUUUGGACUUCUUCCCUUGUAAUUUUAUGACUGAUCUGAAACAUAUUAGCUAGCACUUUCCAUUUUAUUCUCACAAUAUUGCAACCUUCUCCUUCUUUUUCUCACGUUACUUAUCUAUUUCUCCCUGGACUUGUCGUGGUGGCCCCGAUACUCCAAUACUCCGUCCGAGAUUGAUUUUGCCAAGAUAUGCAUAUUUCACAGGAUUAGCAAAGUGCCAUAAAUCCACUGAUCAUCCUGUACAAAUAAAGCAAGGAAGUACGCUACAUAACAAA